AUAUAUAUAUCAGAUUAAAUUUAAAUCCUUUACUGUCAACAUCAAAAACAUUCCAAAAAUAUUAUUUCGUUUAAGAAAACGUAAAAAGUGUACGGCUUUAUAUUUUUGAUAUAAGUUUUCGCAAAGUGUGAAUUAAGUGAGUUGUUUAUACAAAUAUGGACUAUAAACGUAGUGUUACCCAAACAGCUAGUAAGGUUCCACCUUCGAAGAGUUCUAUGUUGAAAACCAAAAGUGAAGUAAGUUUGACUCCAAGCCAAAUGGCGGAAUUGGAAAAACAAAAUGCUCGUAAAAGCCCGUUGGAUGCAUUGAGUCGUACAGUGAUACGUCCACAAGGAUUCGAGCGUCGUUCGGGUCUUCAAGAUGUUGAUGAAAGCUAUCUUAAGAAGAAUGUUUUCACAAAACCAUUAUUUUCACGUAAUUCGGGUCUUGGUGAAGCCUAUGCUGGGAAUUCAAACGCAGCUCCAGCUGCUGGCGCACAAAUGGCAAAUAUACGUCAAACUGGAGGAGGAGGUUAUGUUGAUGUUGCUCAGGGUUCAGUGGCUCAGGCUAAUAUGUACACCCAGCAACAAUCUCAACAACCGCCACAAAUGCAGGCGCAGGUUCAAAUGGGGCAACAACAAAACGCACCUGUUCAAAUACAACAGGCUCACAAUAUACCAGCUGCGGGUGCUGCUUCGGGUCAUGGUCAUGCUCACCGACAACAGAUGCAUCAUCAACAGCAUGUUCAGCAACAACAUGCUCAGCAACAGCAUGCUCAUCAACAACAUGCUCAGGCCCAGCAAGCUCAGUAUCAGCAACAGCAGCACCAACAACAAGCUCAGCUUGCUCAACAACAACAAGCCCAGUAUCAACAACAGCAGCAACAAGCUCAGCUUGCUCAACAGCAACAACAGGCUCAGUAUCAACAACAACAACAACAACAACAACAGCCCCAAUACCAGCAACAGCAACCGGCGCAAUAUCAACAGCAACAAGCUCAGCAUGCUCAAAAUGCUCAGCAAGUCCAACAACAAGUGCCACCUCAACAACAGCAGCAGUACCAACAACAAGCUCCACCAGCCGCCACUCAACCUGGAACUAAUUCUGUUCCACCUACUCCUGAACCUGAAAUGUGUACCACUUGCCCCAAUUGCCAAACCACCAUUUAUCUUGUUCGCGGUAAUGAUACCAACUACGAUGGUUCACUACCACCGGUUCAACAAUAAAACUCAUAUGAAAACGCAUAUAAAAUUGACAUGACAAGACGGACGUAACAGACGAAAGAAGUGUGGAAGUUUUUAGAUAUGUGCAAUUUGGAAAUAAGUACGCUGGAGGCAUCUAAGCAAUUUAUGGAGUUGUCUUGUGAAUUCUUGAGUUUCGUACUGUACUCUUCUCGCAAAUAUUCGAAGUUCACAUUUAUAUUUUGAAAAAUUUAUGUUUUCACAAAUUUUGUUUGUAUUUAAAUUUUGUACAGUGGAGCAAAAAAUUUAUUUGUACACAAUUUUAAAUACAAAGCACAUUGCGAAAUAAUAAACAUUCUACAAAUUUACAGUAAAAACGAA